UUGAAAAGGGGGAGGGGGAGGGAAAGAAAGGAGAAAGGAGUGGAAGGCCGGGAGGAGAGGCGGAAGCCGAGGGGGCUCGACUCCGGGCAGAAGGGAGCGAAGGUGGAGAAGGAAGUCAGCCUCGCUGGGUGGGCUUCAGAGCCGUCCGUUGGGGAUGUACCUUUCCGCCUGGUGUUUCUUCCUCUGCUGGGCUCCUGCCCUGACGCUGAAGAACCUGAACUAUUCGGUGCCCGAGGAGCAAGGGGCCGGCACGGUGAUCGGCAACAUCGGCCGCGAUGCCCGGCUGCAGUCCGGGGCUAGCGGCGGGUUGCCGUCUCUGGAGCGCGCCCGCGGCGGCUCCAGCAAGUCCACCUUCCGCGUCUUGGAGAACUCGGCGCCCCACUUGCUGGACGUGGACGGCGAGAGCGGCUUGCUCUACACCAAGCAGCGCAUCGACCGCGAGGCGCUGUGCCGCCGGAGCGCCAAGUGCCAGCUCUCGCUGGAGGUCUUCGCCAACGACCAGGAGAUCUGCAUGAUCAAGGUGGAGAUCCAGGACCUCAACGACAACGCGCCCGCCUUCCCCUCCGACCAGGUGGACUUGGACAUCUCCGAGAACGCCGCGCCGGGCACCCGCUUUCCCCUCGCCAGCGCGCACGAUCCGGACGCCAGCGAGAAUGGGCUGCGCACUUACUUGCUGACCCGCGACGACUACGGCCUUUUCUCCCUCGACGUCAAAGCCCGCGGCGACGGCACCAAGUUCCCGGAGCUGGUGGUGCAGAAGCCUCUCGACCGCGAAGAGCAGAGCCACCACACGCUCGUCCUCACGGCGCUCGACGGCGGCGACCCGCCUCGCUCGGGCACCGUCCAGCUCAACGUGCGCCUCAUCGACUCCAACGACAACAGCCCCGUCUUCGAGGCCGCUUCCUACGUCGUGGAGCUGCCGGAGAACGCCCCCCUGGGCACCGCGGUCAUCGACCUCAACGCCACCGAUGCCGACGAGGGCACCAACGGGGAGGUGCUCUACUCCUUCAGCGGCUACACGCCGGAGCGGGUGCGUGAGCUCUUCAGCAUCGACCCUCAGACAGGCCUGAUCCGGGUCAAGGGGAACCUGGACUACGAGGAGGGGGGCCUCAUCGAAAUCGAUGUGCAGGCCCGGGACCUGGGGCCCAACCCCAUCCCUGCCCACUGCAAAGUCACCGUGCGCCUCCUGGAUCGCAAUGACAAUGCUCCCAUGAUUGGCUUUGUCUCUGUUCGUCAAGGGGCUCUGAGUGAGGCAGCUCCUCCAGGCACUGUAAUUGCCCUGGUGAGGGUGACUGACCGAGACUCUGGUAAGAACGGGCAGCUACAGUGCCGGGUGCAAGGGGAUGGCAGUGGCGGGGAAGGAGCUGUGCCGCCCUUUACUUUGGAGGAGAACUAUGAUAAUUUGUACACUGUGGUGACAGAUCGACCCUUGGACAGAGAGGUGCAGGAUGAGUACAAUGUCACCAUCCUGGCUAGAGAUGGUGGCAACCCCCCACUCAACUCCACUAAAUCCUUCUCUGUCAGGAUCCUUGAUGAGAAUGACAACCCGCCCCGCUUCAGCAAGAGCCUCUAUGUGCUGCAGGUGCCCGAGAACAACAUCCCAGGGGAAUACCUGGGCUCUGUAUUGGCCAAGGAUCCAGACUUGGGCCAGAACGGCACUGUGUCCUAUUCCAUUUUGCCUGGACACGUGGGAGAUGUCUCCAUUUACACCUACGUCUCCGUCAACCCCACCAAUGGUGCUAUCUAUGCCUUGCGCAGCUUCAACUACGAGCAGACCAAACAUUUUGAAUUCCACGUGCUGGCCAAAGACUCUGGCACCCCCCACCGUGAGAGCAAUGCCACGGUCCGUGUCACAGUUCUUGAUGUGAAUGACAAUGCUCCCUUGAUAGUCUUGCCAGCCCUUAUCAAUGACACUGCUGAACUCCAGGUCCCACGUAAUGCCGGCGUGGGGUAUCCUGUAGGCACUGUCCGUGCCUUGGAUAGUGAUUUUGGGGAAAGUGGACGCCUCACGUAUGAGAUUGUGGAAGGCAAUGAGGAACACCUCUUCGAGAUGGACCCGACAAGUGGGGAGAUACGCACGCUGCAUCCUUAUUGGGAAGAGCUGAGCCCCGUGGCUGAACUCGUGGUUAAGGUCAGUGACCACGGAAAGCCCAGUCUUUCAGCAGUGGCUAAGCUGAUAGUCCGGGCCUUGGCUGGCCCUCUGCCUGAAGCAGGUGAGCCCCAGGUGAAUGGCGAACAACACCGAAGACCACACUGGGACCUCUCCCUUCCCUUGAUUGUCACCCUGAGUACCGUUUCCAUAAUCCUGCUGGCUGCCAUGAUCACGAUUGCCGUGAAGUGCAAGCGCGAGAACAAGGAGAUCCGCACCUAUAACUGUCGUAUUGCUGAAUAUAGCCACCCCCAGCUGGGUGGAGGGGGUGGUGGUGGAGGGGGGGGAGGAGGCAGCAGUGGGAGCAAGGGCAAGAAAAAGAAGAUUAGCAAGAAUGAUAUCAUGCUUGUGCCCAGUGAAGGGGAGGACAGCCGGGGUCCCCUCAAUGUUAUGAACGUGGUGAGCAGUCCCUCCUUGGCCACAUCGCCCAUGUAUUUUGACUACCAGACACGGCUGCCCCUGAGCUCGCCCAGGUCAGAGGUGAUGUACCUGAAACCUGCCUCCAACAACCUGACUGUGCCACAGGGACAUGUGGGGUGCCACACCAGCUUCACAGGGCAAGGGACUAACGUCAGUGAGGCUCCCCCGAGCCGGAUGUCCAUAAUUCAGACAGACAAUUUUCCCGCAGAGCCCAAUUACUUGGGCAGCAGGCAGCAGUUUGUUCAAAGUAGCUCCACCUUCAAGGACCCUGAGCGAGCCAGCUUGAGAGACAGCGGGCACGGGGACAGUGACCAAGCUGACAGUGACCAAGACACUAACAAAGGCUCCUGUUGUGACAUGUCGGUUAGGGAGGCACUGAAGAUGAAAACAACUUCAACUAAAAGCCAGCCGCUUGAACAAGAACAGCAAGGGAGAGGCCAAAGACCCAUUGUUGGGAUCUGUGGACAGGCCCGCUGUAAGGAAGGGAAUUUUUCAGAACAAGAGGAGUGCAUUAAUUGCACAGAUGAAUGCCGAGUUCUUGGUCAUUCUGACAGAUGUUGGAUGCCCCAGUUCCCCCCUGCCAACCAGGCUGAAAAUGCAGAUUAUCGAACAAAUCUCUUUGUACCCACAGUGGAAGCUAAUGUUGAGACUGAGACUUAUGAAACUGUGAACCCCACGGGGAAAAAGACUUUUUGUACAUUUGGGAAAGACAAGAGAGAGCACACUAUUCUCAUUGCCAAUGUGAAACCUUAUCUCAAAGCCAAACGUGCCCUGAGUCCUCUCCUCCAGGAGGUUCCCUCAGCAUCAAGCAGCCCAACCAAGACCUGUAUUGAGCCUUGCACCUCAACAAAAGGACCGCUGGAUAGUUGCGAAGUCAAAACAGGAGCCUUGGCUGAACCCAGCAGCCAGUACAUGACACCCAGUGACAGUCAGUAUCUAUCACCUAGUAAACAGUCCAGAGACGCUGCCUUCAUUGCGUCUGAUCAGAUGGCCAGGGUUUUUGCUGAGGUGCAUGCCCGAGUGAGCCGAGACUCUGCUGAGAUGGACUCUGUAUUGGAGCAGAUAGACCGUUCAAACAGGGAACUAGGGAGAGAGUCAGUGGAUGCAGAGGAAGUAGUGCGGGAGAUUGACAAGCUCUUGCAGGACUGCCGGGGAAAUGACCCUGUGGCUGUGAGGAAAUGAAACAAAAAACAAAAGACGGCCUGGCAUUUAUUUGCUUCUUCUGCUGAAUUAAAAAAAAUAAAUCUCCCCUGGUCCUAAAAUUUAUACAGGGAUGAACGAAGACCAAUGCUGCUUUAAGGCUUUUAGUGAACAUCUGAAGUGCCCACAAGUAUGUUAUUUUCACUGCUCUUUCUUUUUCCACAGAUAACACUGGUUUCGUUUUUACCAAACUUUCAUUAGAACAGUGUGAUGUAUGUUAAAGAAAACGAAGGGAGGAAUGAAGGAAGGGAAAAAAUGGUGCCACUUUGACAAUCUAAUAGAAAGGUAUAAGGUGGGGGGAAGACAAACGGAACCUGAUAUUUUAAGACUGUUAGUUGAUGUUGACUUCACUGUUUACGUGUAGAUCCCAUAAAAAGCAGGGUGAAAUAGUUCUCUGAUAGGUUUCCAGCAGUCAUUAUAGGCUGCUACUGAAAAAUCCCAAAAUCAGAAACCAAGAAAGAAAAAUUCUUGUUGUCACCCAAGCUACACCAAGCAUCAACACUCAUUUGUGACAACCAUUUCUGUAUAAAGUUAUCUGUCAUAAAAAAAGAAGAAAAAAAAGAAAAAAAGAGAAAGGAACCCGAGAAUCCAUUCCAUAGCAUUGAUCAGCAAAAAUAUUCUGGCCAUUAGUAACACAGCUCAUGUCAUAUUAAAGUUAAAUGUAAAAUGAUAGCGUCCAUGUUUGUCCUGCACAUGCAUAAACUAACUCACGUGGUAAGAAGAAGGGGAAGCAGCUUUAGUGUCCAGCAAAACUCUAGGCUAGCAGUAUGUUUUAAACCUGAGGCAUAAUAUAAGAUCACAAAUUAUAAUUACCUUUUGAUGGGUAAUAAUAGAGGAGAUAAAUUAACAUUAUUAACACCUUUUGUAAUUCAUUUGUGGACACUAAAAUAGCUCAAGUGAGUGCAAACAUUUCAGACAUUCACACAAAUCCACACACAACCAUUUAAAUGUGCAAAUGUAAGAAGAUUCAAUGUGUUUACAUCAAAUGACAUAUUUUUAUUGAUUUAUUGCAGAUUCAGUGCAUUUGAGCCAAAUUGUUGAGUGUAUAAGAGCUAUAUUGUGUAUUUUAUUAAAUUAAUAUAUAGUUGUGUUGCAAAAAAAAUAUUUGGGCUUAUAAUGUAAAUGGCAAGUGUUGCCUCAGUAGCUGUCAAACUCUAUGAGUUUUGUUCUCUCCUUUUCUUUCUUUCUUUUCUUUCCCCCCACAGAGUGUGGGAAGCAGAGCCUCAGAGCAAAGUCUCUUGUUUAAUGUAUGGUCUACCAAGUACCGCAGUACAUAAUCUGUUCAAAAUGUGUCUUGAGUGAGUUGACGGAGCUAACUGAACGGCCGAUGAAUACAUCCAUCAGUCAUGGUUAUGUGCAAGUCCUUGUAGAAGCUUCUGUCACAACCCAUGUUUAAUAACAAAAAUUACACUUGAACCAACACCUGGAACCUCCUUGUUCUUUACUGAGCGUACUCACUCACUCACAUAGACACAGGCCGUCUGUUUAGAUAGCACAGUCAUGGUUGAAUUCUCAAAUUACCCUAAUAUUUCAAAGUUUCAUACUAGUCUUCGGUUCAUGGAGCAUGAAAAUGCUUUGGUGCCCAUGUGGUACAAACAAUCUUUUGUCUGGUUUCCUGGAAAUUGCUGUUACAUUGACUAAGGUUUCAGUUUGAGCUCACAGCACUCCCUCUGUCCCUCUUAUCAUCUUCUGUUGUUAUAACUUUUGUUAAUGUUAUCCACUCUCUGUCCAUUGCACACACUUUUCUGUAUGCUCUUCUGCAUUUGAUUCUUAUGCAAGCUACAGUAUAACAUUAACGUUUUCUUUGAAUUAAAUUUGUAAGUACAAC